CGCCAUGGGCGUUCAGUCCUCUGUCAAGCGGUCCAGCCCGCUCACUCACGUUCCUCUCGAAGAAGGCCUCCUCUUCACCGAUGCUUGCGACUUCCACGUCCAGCACAACCCCGAUCAUACGUGCUUCGCGUACGCUGAGGCAGAUGGGACGGUCCGCGAGAUCACCUACCUCGAAUUCGGGCGCGCCGUCCAUCGCGCGGCGCACGCCUUACGCCCAGGACGCGAGGGGGAGGAUGGGCUCGUCGUCGCGUUCAUCGCGCUCUCCGACACCCUUCUCUAUCAUGCCAUCACCGUUGGUCUGAUGAAGGCCGGCUACGUUCCAUUCCCGAUCUCCCCUCGCCUCUCGCCACCUGCAGUCGCGAACCUCCUACGCGUGACGCAGUGCCAUCGGCUGGUCACUACGCAGCACACUCUCCACACGCUCAUCGAUGCCCUCAAGAAGGAGCUCGGCGCUGGGUACCACUUGACGAUUAGCGAGGUUCCUGCGCUCAGCGUCGUGUUCCCCAACCUUGCUGAAGAGGACGCAUCGCACGACUUCGAAGCGUAUCCGGACUCUACGGUGCCGCCAAGCCCCGAAGACAUCCUGAUCUACCUUCACUCGUCGGGGAGUACGGGCUUCCCGAAGGCUGUCGGACACACACGCGCGAGCAUGGCGGGAUGGACGCGACUCGCUGUCGUCACCGAUAUGCGUCGCUUCCAUCCUCGGCCACGGUUCGCGACACAUAUUCUUCCUCCUUUCCACACCAUGGGGUUGUGCGCGCAGCUUGUCACGGCGAUCUUUGGUGGUCCGGAAGUGGCGCUGUUCCCUCCCGUGGUCAAGACUCCAACGGAUGUGCCUCCACCACCGACGCCGGACGGUCAGCUUGCAGCCGCGCGUGCGAGUGGCUGUGACGCGAUGGUCAUGGUCCCCGCGUACGUGCAGCUGUGGGCCGCGGACCCGGAGGCCGUCGAGUACAUGAAGAGUCUGCAGCUUUUGGGCUUCGCCGGCGGACCACUCAGUGACGCGACGGGCGACUUCCUCGCCGAAGCCGGCGUCAAGCUUCGCUCCAUCUACGGCGCGACAGAGUUCGGCGUCACAUCGCACGUUAAGCCGACACGCGACGAGGACUGGAAGGACUGGCGCUGGAUCGAGUUGGACGCGAAUGCUCGUCUAGCGUGGGACAAGCAGAGCGAUGGGACGGAGGAGCUUCUCAUAUUGGCUGGCGGUAACCACUGGCACAUGCCGGUGGUGUACAACAUGCAGAAGCGGCCGGGAUACGCUACGAACGACCUUUUUGUAGCUCACCCGACGAAGCCUCAUUUGCGGAGAGUAGUCGGCCGCAGGGACGAUGUAAUCGUCCAUUCGACGGGGGAGAAGACAGUACCUGCCCCCAUCGAGGGCGUUGUUCUGACAAGUCCAUUGGUGGCGGCAGCCGUCAUGUUCGGUCGGGGUCGGGACGAGGCGGGUAUCCUCAUUGAGCCGGCGCCUGCACAUCAAGUCGAUGUCGACGAUGACACUGCGGUCGCAGCGUAUCGCAAUGCGGUCUGGCCCGUCAUCGAGGAGGCGAACCGCGCAGCGCCAGCCUACAGUCGCAUCUUCAAGGAGCUCAUCCUGAUCGCGCGCAAGGGCAAGCCUCUUCCUCGAACCGAGAAGAAUACUGUCAUGCGCAAGCUCGCACUCGAGGUCUAUAGCGCCGAUAUUGAGAAGAUAUAUGCAGUCGUCGAGAGCCACGCACAGACCGGCGAGAAAGGCGUCAAGCCACCUUCUAGUUGGGACGUCCAUGCUGUAGCGAGUUGGCUCGCCCAGCAUGUUCGAGAUAUCACCGGUCGUGACAUGGACCUCGCGGCGGACCUCUUCGAGCAGGGCUUCGACAGUCUCAACGCAACCGUCCUCCGACUCCGUCUCCUAGGCGCGCUCAAGUCAGACCCAUCCGCGUCUCCAGCGGCGCUUGGCAUCGCACAGAACGUCGUCUACGACCACCCGUCGAUCGAGAAACUCGCUACGCUGGUCUCCAAGCUCGUCGGAGGUGAGGUGCAUCAGGCGGAGGCCCCCGAAGCGCGCGCAAAGGACGCCAUCGUGGCCAUGGCCGCGAAGUACAGCGAGGGCCUUCCCGGAUACGCGGGCGCUGCGACCUUGCCGGAGUACGUGGCCCCGACCAGCUCAAAGCCACUGUCAACGCCCGUCACCGUCCUGGUGACGGGAACCACGGGCAACCUUGGCGCGGAGCUACUUGCGAUUCUCCUGAAGGAUGAUCGGGUCGAGCGGGUGUAUACCCUGGACCGGGAGGCGUCGGCCACUGUGCAGGAUCGCCAGCGCGCGCGAUUUGCCGACAAGGGGCUUGAUGUUCAGCUUCUGAAAUCGCAGAAGCUGGUCGCGCUAGUGGGCGACGCAUACGCGGAGGGACUGGGUCAGAGUGAGGCAUUGUACGAAGAGAUGUUACAAACGGUCACCAUCAUCGUCCACGCCGCCUGGCGCCUCGACUUCAAUCUCGGCCUCAGCGCCUUCGAGCGCAGUAUCCAAGGAACACGCGCCCUCGUUGACUUCGCACGCAAGACCAUGCACUCCGACAGCCUCCGAUUUCUCUUCACUUCAUCCAUCACAUCGACGCGCUCAUGGGAUGCCUCACAAGGGCCGGUUCCCGAAGAGCUCAUCGAUGACGCUGGAGUGUCCGUCCUCGGAGGCGGCUACGGGCAGAGCAAAUACGUCGCAGAGCGUGUACUUGCGGCGAGCGGGAUCUCGUUCAGCUCUAUUCGUGUGGGUCAAGUGAGCGGCGGGAAGCCGCGCGGCGCUUGGGCGCCAACCGACUGGUUCCCGAUCUUGGUCAAGACGAGCAUCGCGCUGGGCGCGCUGCCGGAUAGUGAGCAGACCGUAUCAUGGGUCCCGAUGGACUCGGUUGCUGGUAUUCUCAUCGACGUUGCGCUGUCCGAGAAUGCGCUUUUGCCAUCGCAUAAUCUCGUUCACCCACGCCCUCUGCCGUGGUCGCUAGUCAUUGACAACGUCCGACAAUCGGUCGAGGCUACUCUCAACUGCCACGUACCAAUCUUGCCUUUCUCGCGCUGGUUUGAGAAGCUCGAGACGGUGGCUCACAAGUCAGACGUCGAUGUCCAGAAUACCCCUGGCGUGAAGCUUCUGGGGUUCUUCAAAGGUUUGAAUUCCGCAAGUGUCCUAGGAUCGUUUGCGACCGACAAGAUCCAAGCCGCCAGUGAGACCCUCCGUAACGCACCAUCGCUGAAUCAGGCGGACGCCGACGCAUGGGUGAAAUAUUGGCAUGAGAGUGGGCUUCUGGCGUAAAAUAUUGGAGAAAUAUCGAGUUAUGUAUGUAUAUGCCUUGAACUUGUACCAUAGUGCCAUUACUCUUGUAUGACAGCGGCUUCCAGUACGUUGAGGUGGGGAUUCGAACCUGCUUACUAAGUAAACCUGGACUCAACUCGCCAUCGUUCGUCUCCUUUGUUCUUAACAUCAUCACGACCCUAAUACAUCGGCCU